AUGAGUUUAUUCGGCAAAAUAUUCGGAGGAAAGAAACAAGAAGCCGCUCCGUCCACUCAGGAUGCGAUCCAGAAAUUGCGCGAAACAGAAGAGAUGUUAAUCAAAAAGCAGGACUUUCUGGAAAAGAAAAUAAAGGAUGAAGUUGCAACAGCGGUUAAACACGGAACGAAAAAUAAGCGCCUUGCUCUCCAUGCUCUUGGUAGGAAGAAACAAUUUGAAAAACAACUUAAUCAUAUCGACGGAGUUCUACAAACUAUUGAAUUUCAGAGAGAGGCACUAGAAAACGCUUCUACCAAUGCCGAGGUCCUUCAAGUCAUGGGUAGUGCUAGUAAGGCGUUGAAGGCAGCUCACAAUAACAUGGAUAUUGAUCAGGUCCAUGAUCUCAUGGAAGACAUAGCCGAACAGCAGGAUGUUGCAAAUGAAAUAGCAGAGGCAAUUUCGAAUCCCGUCGGAUUUGAUAGAGCAGUUGAUGACGAGGAACUUCUUAGAGAACUUGAACAACUGGAACAGGAGGAGCUAGAUAAGCAAUUGUUGGACGUACAGCCAACACCGGUAGUUUUGCCCGAUGCACCCUCUACAAACCUUCCAGCUGCGACCCGUGCCAAACCCGCCAAAGCAGACCAUGACAAGGAUCUUGAAGAUCUUGAGAUGUGGGCGAAUGCGUAA